AUUUUAUGAAAUAAGCUACGAUUUUCUUGUCUGCUGCUUGUCCUUCAACAGAUGUGCACUUGGCACGUGUAAUGUCAACCAUCAAAGUAGCCAAACCAGACACUGAAUUCCGUUUUGUUGGUAUUGGAGGUCCUUAAAUGGGUCAUGAAGGAUUAGAAACUAUUGGAGUAGAUUAUCAUGAAUUUCAAUAUAAACCUUUCUUCCCAUUCAGAAAUUUCUAUAGAUUAGCGUACACUCUAUUGCUAAAUUUAGUACUGAGAAUGCAAUGCAUCCAGUCCAUAUGUACAAGAGAUGGAUCAAUAAAAAAGUUUUGAAUAAACUUGAUAAGUAAUACUUUGAAAUUGUUUAACAUUAUCAGCCAUCAGCAUUCUUGAAUUUUGAGAAUGAAUUCUUCAUGAUUCAUUUCUACAAGAAAUUAAGAGAGUCUUAUCGUCACUUCAACCGAAUAUGUCCUCCAACAUUCUAAUAUGGUUUGACUCAUAAAGAUUAACCUUAAUAUGGUUAAAAGUAUGUAGAUCAUUGGUUUACAAGAACCCCAUUAAGACAAGUACAAAAUCAUAAUUAUUGAAUAAAAGAGUAAUUGGGAGAAAUUCACUUUCCCUCAUACAUAAGUAGGACCAGAUGGACUUUACAGAGCAUUUAGACAUCUUCUUUAAAAUAGUCCUUAAUAUAAAGAUUUAGUAUAGUAGGAUACUAUAUAUCUACCUGGAGGUGAAUUCUUUAGAUUUGAUGAUUUUGUUGCUGACAGAGUUAAUGAAUAAAGAAAGAAAUAUAGAUAAUAAUAAAAUAUUGGAGAUCAGGAAUUAUUGAUAUUUGUUGCUGGUGGUAAUACAUCAAAAGAAAUUCCAUUCUGUCUUAAAACAGUUGCUGAUGGGAUUUCAAGAUUCUUAAAACUAGAUGAAAUGAAGAAUUAUCCUACUGAUUAAAUUAAAAUAAUAGUAUCAGUACCAGAAUUCGUUGAACACAAAGAUCGUACAAUAAAAACUAUUAAUUCAAUUAAAUGGCCUGCUAAAGUUAUUUAAGUUGAAACUGAAUCUGAGAAAUUCUCAGCCUUAGCUGCUUGUGAUAUUGGUUUAGCUUGUAAUGGAUAAAUAGUUUCUGAAUGCGCUGCAUUCUAAUUACCAACUGUAAUUAUAUAUUCUAAACAUAUAGAUUAUUCUUGAUCCAAAACCAACAAUUUAAAUGUAUUAUACUUCCCUUUAUAAUGGAAUUGAUAAUGAUCUCAAUAUUGCAUAUAAUGGAAUACUUUAUCCGUAAUUAUCAUUAUUUCUAUUUUAUUAGAGAAUUAGUUAUGUCCACUGUUCCAAAUAAAAUCGCAUACUCUUUAUUAGAACAUUAUCAAGAUCCUAAACUUAGAUAUUUCUAUGCUAAACAAUAUGCUCCUGUCCUUUUAAAAACAUUAGCUAGAAGUGAAUCUUCUGUUCCAUCAGAAAUAGUAUAUUAUUUAUUCUAUCUCUCUAGGCAAAUAGAUUUAAUAGUGUUUAAUUAACUGGGUACUCUUCUGCAUAUUAAGUCAUUGCUAAUACAGUCUUGAGAGCAGCCCAAGCCUAUGAACAUAUUCACUCCUAAAGUAAUUUUACUACUUAGUAAAAUGAAAAUUUAAGAAUUGAAGCCAUGUAAAGUUUGGGAUGGGCUAAAGGAUUAUGAAAAAUUAUAAUCACAAUUACAAUACAAUAUAAU